GUAAAUACAAAGCAAAGCAGAAAUAAAUGAAGGGGUAAAAAAUGAAAUAAGGAAAAUUAUAAAUAAGGACAAAUAGAUAAAUAAAUGGAACAGAAAUGAAGUUUUCAAGCCAUUUUUAUGUUUGUGUUUAUAUUUUUCAGUAUGGCAGGUUCAGGCCUCCAUAUGUAUUUGUAUCACACAAACACAAAGAUGUGAAAGAUGAAGCAGAAAUAAAAAAGUGUUUUUGUGAAUGAGCUCAGACGUUUGUUGGAGACUCAUGGACGUGAAGACAUUCCUUUGGUUUAUUUGUCUUUUUUUUUUAUUGGAACUGGAUGAAUUUAUCUGAAGAACAAACUCACACACACGCUGCAUUUAUGGACCUGUUUAUUGACUCUCAGCUUUUACUGGUUGUGUCACAGGUCAUGUGACUCAGACUCCGCUGCUGAUUGGCCGUCGGUGCCGGUGGUGGGCGUGGAGGCGGUGGAGGAGACCGCCUACCCGUAGACCGACUCUUCCUGGGUCUGGGUGGAGCCGCAGACGCUGUGGACCAAUCAGAAGACAUUAGAGCGGACCCGCCCAGCUGCUCUUCAUUCAACCAAUCAGUGAUCAGUGUUCCCAGUGUGGGCGUGGUCACCUGUUUCAGCCCUGAAGCCUUUUGUACUCAGCGACCUCCGACUCCAGAUGGAUGUGGGUGUCCAGAAGCUUCUUGUAUUCAUAGUCCUGAAGAUCCAGGUCCAACCUGAGCUGGACCAGCUGGUCCUCCAGAGUGGAGACCUGGAAGAGAAGAAGAAGAAGAGGAAGGAGAAGGAGAAGAAAAAGAGGAAGGAGAAGAAGAAGAAGAAGGAGGAAGGAGAAGGAGAAGAAGAAGAAGAAGGAGAAGAAGAAGAAGAAGAAGAAGGAGAAGAAGAGGAAGGAGAAGAAGAAGGAGAAGAAGAGGAAGGUUCUAUGUGUUACCCGGUCCCUGCGGGUCUGUGUGUUACCCGGUCCCUGCGGGUCUGUGUUACCCGGUCCCUGCGGGUCUGUGUUACCCGGUCCCUGCGGGUCUGUGUUACCCGGUCCCUGCGGGUCUGUGUUACCUGGCUCAGGUAUCCUGUCAGCGUCCCUCCGUACUGCCUCAGGGUUUCAGCCACACUUUCCUCCAACACUUCCUGCAGAGGAAACACACCACUCAUCAAGCCUCAGUCAUGUGACCUUUCCUGUGGUCAUCGGGUCCACGGAGCGGGUCAGUCCUGCGGACCGGCCCCGGCCUCCGCCCGACAGGAAGUCCACCGUGGAGGUGUGAGGGCCCAUCAUGGCCGCUGCGGCUGAACUCCACCUCCUCGUGGUGUCAGCUCCUCUGGACCUUCAGCCUGUUUCCACUGAACGUGUCCUUUUUUGUCCGACUGUUGGUCCCAGCGUCCUCACUUCUUCUACUGGACCUGGACUCACACCUGCGGACCUGAUUACUGUCAUUUCCUGUGGAUUGUGACGCUCACCGUGUCUGACGCGGACCGCAGUUGGGUCUCAAGAGACUCCAGAGUAGACUGGACCUGGGUGACUUCAAACCACGACGUCUGCAGGGUCUGGAUGUGAACCACCACCUUGUCCUUCAGAACCUGGGUCUGCACAAAACCAACAAACACACGGGUUGAAUCCAUUGGGUCCCGUCGACGUCUAAUGACGUCCACCGCCACAGGAAGUGAGGUCAUGUGGGUACCUUGGCCUGGAAGGCCUCCAGGUCCUUCUGGUUCUUGGAGUAGAUGGUUUGGUCCAGUGGUGUGUUCUGGGCCAUGGUCUUGGUGAGGUCCACCUGUGGAACAGAUGGAACACAAGUCUCACUAUGGAAUGUGAACCCAUGGCUCUGGGACCCAGGGUUUUAGAGCUGGACAGUCUAGGAGACACUAGGACUGGGUCCAGCUGGUCCACGUGGGUGCAGCUCAUCUGUGGCAGUGGUGUCCUUCUGUUGUCAUUGAACCUGCUCUCAGGAUGGUUCCUGGUCUCCCUCUGGUGGCUUGGCUCAGUUUGUCCUGUGGGUCCAGGUUUUGGGGGACGGCGUCCACUCACCUCC